AUGGCAGACUCACUGGAUUCAGUCGUCACUGUCGCUUCUGACAAGGAAGAUGUAUCACCAACUCAAGCAAACUUCAAAGCCUCGCCUUCAAAAAAUGUCACCAGUAAUCCCGAAUCUUCUCAAAACACUCCACCAACAACGACAAAAUCAGCCAACGAUAUAACAACUGAAGACGAGGAACGCAGAACGCCCGCCCGCGAGAAUAAUACAAGUACACUUGUUGGGACAUCGUCGCGUGCACGGAAUAAAUCUGCCAAAGAUCAAGCCAUCACUAUGCAAGGAAACAUUGGGGCACAGAACAACAAGAUCCGUCACCUCAAAAAGGAUGACGGAGAGCCACUAUGGAGAAAGGAUAUUCAGUACGACUUUCUGAAACUCAUCUUUGAGGACGACAAUGCCGUGUUCACUAAUAGUUACGAUGACACCAUGCCGAAGCAGACUUUCGCAGACCUUUACAUUGAUGCGAUGGCAAGGAGUAGCAAAACGAGUAAGAUCUUGAGAGAUAAAUUGCUGAGCGAACAUGAGCCAGCAAAGAACAUGGCAAUGGUGUGCUUGUUGGUUAAUCUCGGUCGCAUGAAUACCACUUUGAAUUUCUUCCCAGAAAUGCGAGCACAACUUCGUACCUACCAUGCCAUUCCAUCUUUACAAGCUCGACAAGAUCCCAACUCCUACAAACAACUUCAGGAUGCACCUCGACUUAAAUCUAUUCUGAAGGGUGCAUCUGAGGACCGGCCUGAACCUGCUUCUUUGGACAAGAUCAAAACAACACCGAUACCUCGAACAAAUCCAGUCAAUUUAAUCUUUGUUCUUGCUACAUAUGCCUCUAAGGUCACAGAAUUACAUUUCCCUACAAACCGUGAAUUUUUCGACCUCAUCAUGAACACCCAAAUCACCAGCAAGUCAAGGGCUAAGGCAUUCUUAUGGUUGAUGUGGUUCUACCUUGAAUCCGACUUUACAGAGGAGGGCGCGGAUGAGAAUCCAUUUGGUUCUGGUGUUGAUUACCACACUGACGUCAGAAAUCAGGGUGUUCCGCGAUUACAAGAUAUGACGGAAGAACAAGAAGCGCUGGAGAACAUCGAUACAGAAGAAGAGCUAGAAUAUGGCCAAAGCAAGAUGCGCGAGCGCAAACGCAUCAUUGAAGCAGAUCAAAUCGCCUUCCAAGCAGAAAAUGGUCCGCCGAAACGUGGUCCCAAGCCGAAGCUCAACUUGCCCCCCGAUGAAGGUUCCAAUUCAUCUGCUAUUAUGAGUCGUAUGCGACCUCGUUAUGAUGAUGUAGUUGGAACUCCUGGUGGUUUGAUUAGUAAGGUUCGCCCCAGAUACGAGUCCGAUCUUGACAGCACACGCUCCACCCCGCCCCCUCGAGCUUUUAGUUCCAGCAACAUGCGUAUUAACAGUGUAUUUAAUGCAGGCUCCAGACAUCGAGGCGGUAAGAAUGGUGAGGGAUCGUCUCCAGCACCAGAGAUACCAGCUACUCUUGCGAGACGACAUCGACCGCUAACUGCACAUCAAAUUGCGGUUGAGCGGAAUAGGAACCAGCGAGUCGACUACAUUCUAAGUCGCGGCAUUAGAAAGGCGCAUCAUUCGGCGAGAAAGUCGCGUAAGGACGAAGGCGCCUUUAUCCGCGCCUUUAAGAGAACGAAUGCAAUGUUAGAUCCUUUUAGCGACAGCGAGGAUGACACCUACCAUAGAAAUCCUUACCCUUUUAAAGAACGAGGAUUUGGUGGCCUUGUUCAACUAGAAGGUGAAGAGGAUGAUUUUGGAGAAGAAGUGUCAGCGUAUGCAGCUGCUUUCCGACGUGCCGGAAGAAGACUUGAUCGUUGGGAUGGUCAAAAGGACUUAAAUCUUGGAGUUAUUGGUACCAACCGCAUUUCGGUGAACAAUGGUAUGAAUGGUCACCGCGCACGGGAUAGCGAUGAAACCGAGGACGAGCAAGAUCAACCGGUUGUUCAUCAAUCGAAGCACCAGACAAAUGGACAUGUAAGCGUACCGGACGGAGGGGAUGAUGAUCUUGACGACAUGGACAAGGAGCUUUUAGGAUUGGUAACUGAUAACGAUGAUGAUGAAGAUGACCUUGAUAUGAUGGAGAAAUCUUUACUAGGUAUUGCUGGAGACGAAACGGAGGCAGAUAUUAGCGAUGUGGGCAUGGAUGUGGAUUAG